CGGCCAACCGUCAUCAAAUAAGGUUGUGGUUACGCUGUGUUCCGUUGUGCUCGUAUAUAGAGAGAGAACUUUCCUCGGUCGCACUUGGUGAGGACUGGUGUUUCUUACGAACAAAAUAUACACGACAGAGACUCUUGCGAACAAUUGAAGAAGGGAGAGAGGAAAUUCUGUGCUCUUUUGGGUGAUUUUCAAUUGAAGGGAGGAAAAAGAGUUUAUUUACACUACCGGGGCGUUCACCCUUAGAAGAAGCUGCUUGAGGUUUCGAGUUUUAUACAAAGAGAAGUAACAGCGCAAUUCUUCAAGACUCGGUACAUCUGAAACCCGGUAGAAAACAACGCACAACACUUCCUGGUCUCCAGGAAUGGGCGUGAUGAAGCUCUGCGCGGGCGUGGUGGUGGCAUUGGUUUUAGCGUGGGCGUGCGUCGGAGUCAACGGUCACGGCAGGUUGAUAGAACCGCCUUCGAGGUCAACAGCUUGGAGGUAUGGUUUCAGCACGCCACACAACUAUAAUGACCACGAAAUUUACUGCGGAGGAUUUGCUCGCCAGUGGCAGAGAAACGGAGGAAAAUGCGGCCCUUGUGGAGACCCCUGGGACAUGAAACAGCCUCGUGACAAUGAAGAAGGGGGAAAGUAUGGCCUGGGAGUCAUAGUGAAGAAAUAUAAGCACAGUAGCAUCAUGACAGUGGGGGUGGAACUCACAGCCAAUCAUAGAGGAUUCUUCGAAUUCCGUCUGUGCCCACACAACCAACCUCGUGUUCCUGUGACUAACGAGUGCCUAGAUCAGAAUGUCCUCAAGCAAGCUGAUGGUUCUGGAGAAAGGUACUUUCCUGGUCCAGGAGCAAAGAAAUUCUACGCCAAGUACAGACUGCCUCGAGGACUCACAUGCAAGCAGUGUGUGCUGCAAUGGCGGUAUGUGGCCGGCAACAACUGGGGAGUAUGUGAGAAUGGAACAGGAAUGGUGGGCUGUGGCCCUCAAGAGCAGUUCCGCGCAUGUGCAGAUAUAACAAUUACUGAGGAAGACGGCUAUGCUGAUGACACUCCCAGCUACAUUCCUGAGUACACUGACACCAACGAUGUUGACUACAACGAAGUUGACACAGACAAUUGGGAUAAAGUGCCAAAGGUACCAGCUGGCGAGCAUGUAAACCACGUAGGACACAUAGUGGCCUUGGUGUUUGCCUUCCUGCUUAUAAUCUUAGUGCUGUUUGGACUCGUGGCUUACUUCUACUGGGCGAGAGAUGCCUUGAAGAACUUCAUGAAGAACCGCAGUGCAAGCUCGUGGAGGAAGACUUCGCCACCACCUCCCAUUACCCCUACACAGAAAAGCGCUGUCUUGACCAUCUCAGGACCAAUUGGAGUCCCACCCCCAGUACCCCCACGUCGAAACAGAUCCACCUCAGGAGGAGAUCCCGCAACAGCUCAGAGCCAAAGAGAGAUCCACUCCAUCAGUGGACCAACAGCAGUCACCAUCAAUGGAGUGGCUGUCAAACCGGGCAAUGUUCCUCAGGGCGUCGUGGCCCAGGCUCCUCUUCACGUUCCUGACGAUUAAGUGUUAUUUAUUUAUAUUUCAUGUGUUGUGUUGCAUAGAAUUACCAGUGAAGUUCUUUUUUUUUUAGCAUAUUCAGGAACUAUGAUCUCAACUUGAGCAGAUUCUUCAGAACAGGUUUGAAGUUAACUCACAAACUAACAGACAUUCAUAG